GUUUAUCCGAAUAGUUAAUUCAGUCUGAAUCAAAUUUCUGCCUAGUUGUUUGGAUGGAGCAAGAUGAAACGGCUAUGAGAAGGGGUAGAAGAAUUUCAUCACACGAUCACAAGCUUCUGGCCAUAGGAUUAGCUAUUCUUGCUAUAUUAUCUCCAUUAUAUAUUGAUCAGAGAUCCAUAUCUGAGCCAGAAAUUGAAGAACCCAUAAAUUUUUCUUCCUACUUGCCUCUUCUGCUGCUGGUUCUGAUAAUGGGAAUUGCUUUUUCAAGUUUCAAGGAGACUCGAUUUACCAGGUUUGAUCCUUACUGGAUUCACAGGGUUGGGGGUUCUUCAACUGGGAUUAUAAUUAUUUUAGCUGUCCUUGGUUUAGUCUUGAAGUGUAAAGCCUCUUAGCAUGUAUGAACGGAGGGUUAUCUCAACCGAAUUCGACAGCACAAUAAACAAGAUGUUGUUUGAUUUCGUGAAUUAGAGUCAUAUUUGAGUCUUUGUUCAUUGGAAUCAAAUGUUGAAAGAAUUGUUAGGAACAAUGUUCAAGCUCAACUCAUCUUGGAAUGAUGUGUAUGUAGAACUGAACAGUAUAAUAAACAAAAUUUUAACUUUGUUUUUA